AUGGCCGACGUUACAAAAGGACAACAACAACUAAAACAUUUGUUUAAAGCAGCCAGGGAUGGAGAUGUGGAAGUUGCGCAGCAACUACUGAAGGCUGGAGCAGAUGUGGACAUGGCUGAUGAGUUCGGAGACACACCACUGUUCAUGGCAGCCCGGAAAGGACAUGUGGAAGUUGUGCAGCAGCUGCUGAAGGCUGGAGCAGAUGUGGACAAGGCUUCGCGGUUCGAAGACACACCGCUGUACAUGGCAGCCCAAAAAGGACAUGUUGAAAUUGUGCAGCAGCUGCUGAAGGCUGGAGCAGAUGCGGACAAGACUACGAGGUUUGGAGACACGCCACUGUUCAUGGCAGCCCGCAAUGGACAUGUGGAAGUUGUGCAGCAGCUGCUGAAGGCUGGAGCAGAUGUGAACAAGGCGGACCAGCAACGAAGUCUCUUUAGCCCGAUGGUACAUGUAAGUCCAUAUAUCACAGAUUAG